AUGUUGUUCCGCAAGGCUUGUGCCCUUCUGGGGCUUGGCCUGCUCGCCCAAGCUCAAACCUUCAACAAUCCGAUCAUUUAUGAAGAUUUUCCUGACAAUGAUAUCUUCCUCGGCCCUGAUGGAAAGACCUUCUAUUGGUCAAGCUCCAACUUUCAUUACUCCCCCGGUGCUCCAAUCCUCGAGUCUACCGACCUUGUCAAUUGGCAGGUGAUCGGUCAUUCCGUGCCGAGCAUCUCCGACUUUGGAUCCGAUUAUAGCAUGCAAAACGGUAAAACCGCCUAUAAUCGUGGGACCUGGGCUUCCACUUUACGCCAUCGCAAGAGCAACGGAGAGUGGUAUUGGAUUGGCUGCAUUGACUUUUGGACAACUCAUGUCUACACGGCCCCAGAUAUCACUGGACCUUGGAGCCAGUCAUCAAGCUUCCAGCCCUGCUUUUACGAUUGUGGUCUCUUGAUUGAUGAUGACGAUACUAUGUAUGUGGCCUAUGGAAGCAACAACGUCUCUGUUGCUCAACUUGCUGCGGACGGGUUGAGUGUGGCCAAGACGCAAGUGGUAUUCAGCUAUCCAUCUCCGUGCACAGGGAUCGAAGGCAAUCGUAUGUAUAAGAUUAAUGGAUUGUACUACAUUCUUGAUGAUUGCCCUGGGGAAGGAAUUACCGUGAUCUGGAAGUCCUCCAGCCCCUGGGGCCCAUACACACACAAGAUACUCAGCAACCAAACUGCAUCUCCAGUUCCUGGAACUGGCACAGCGCAACAGGGCAGUCUUAUCGAGGCUCCUAAUGGGAAUUGGUACUUCAUGUCUUUUGCUUGGGCCUAUCCUCUUGGGCGACUACCCAUUCUCGCCCCCGUGACCUGGGGUUCAGAUGGCUUCCCUGUGCUUCAAACGGUGAACGGUACUUGGGGUGAAUCUUAUCCGUUGCCUCUUCCGGAGAGCAGUGUGACAUCAUGGAUUGGCGGAGACCAAUUCUGGGGCAUUGAUCCGGUGUGGGAGUGGAAUCACGCUCCUGACACGACCAAAUUCUCACUUGCCGAACCUGGACUCAUCCUCCAAACAGCCACUGUGACCAAUGACCUGUACCACGCGAGAAAUACUUUGACUCGCCGACCGAAUCAAGCGUUCCCGGUCGGAACACUUCAACUUGACUUCACCAACAUGGCAGACGGCGAUCAGUGUGGUCUUGCUCUUUUCAGGGACAGCAGCGCAUGGAUUGGAGUUGUUCGCAAUGGCAAUAGCUAUACUGUGACUGCCGUUCAAGGGCUCACCCAGAAUGCUGGUAACAGCUAUGCAACAACCAGCACAGGAACUGUUGUUGGAACUGCGCCCAUUUCUGCGCGCACAGUCUACCUCCAGAUUCGAUUCGAUUCACGUACGGUCGGUUCCAACCAAGCGACAUUCUAUUACAGCACGGAUGGGAACAACUUUUCUCAACUCGGUGGCGCGUUCAAUCUCGAUAAUACCUAUUACUACUUCAUGGGAUACAGAUAUGGUAUCUUCAACUUUGCUACAAAGGCUUUGGGUGGUUCUGUCAAGGUUGACGGCUUCGUCAGCUGGUCCAAUUGA